ACGUUUAUUAAAAACGUUUUCAAAAACGUUGUGUUUUAAUACUGUAGUCCCUAAUCAUGCAAGUUUAAAAGUAAAAUAGACACGCCUGAAGGGUCCAUGAUGAACAAUAAUAGGGAUAGUCUACAAGCUCAAACUUUACCCCCACCACCGAAUCCCAGAAAGGAAAAUUAUGAUGAAGUAGUUUUCUAUAUAGAAGAACCAAAAACAACCACUCCUAAUCAGGUGAGGAUACGUCAGCCAGACAAGUUCUGUAACGGAAGCGGCUAGCGACGAAGUCGACUUAGAAAUGGAAACAGAACGAGUGACCACGUUGACUGAUGUACACAAAAAUACUAUUCGAGCCAUUAGUACGAUAAAAUAUUUUAUAGCUAGAAGAAAAUUCCAAAAAGCAAGAGAACCAUAUGAUGUAUGUGAUGUUAUUGAACAGUAUAGUCAAGGUCAUUUGAACAUGAUGGUUCAAAUAAAGAUUUGUUCUAAUGAUACCGAUAAUGAAGAUUCUGGAGGUAGCAAGGCACCCUGUGGCACCUGAGGCUUUAGUAACAGCAAAAAUGAU